GGCUUCUUGCGUCCCCGGGAAGGAGCCUUUGACUCGCGCAAGCUCCUCUUCCCUUGACUUCAUUUCCCACCAUGCCUUGCGGCUCCCCCGCCAUUCAGGCAAGCGCGCCUUUCGCCUUGAGGCUUCCUGGGGGAUGUAGUUUAUCCGCGCUGACCGGCCUCGCUUGCGAUGCAACCCGGGCCAUGGCUUCCGCGGGUUGCAGUAGCAGCAGCAGCCUGGAUCUCGUAGGCGCCGCGGGGGAGCUGGAGCGGCCGCACCCGAGGCCCUUCUUGAUCGGGGUGAGCGGAGGCACCGCCAGCGGCAAGUCGACAGUAUGCGAGAAGAUCAUGGAACUCCUGGGUCAGAACGAAGUGGACCAUCGCCAGCGGAAAGUGGUCAUCCUCAGCCAGGACCGGUUCUACAAGGUGCUCACAGCCGAGCAGAAAGCCAAAGCCCUGAAGGGGCAGUACAACUUCGACCACCCAGACGCUUUUGACAACGAGUUGAUGCAGACGACCUUGAAGAACAUCGUGGAUGGCCAGACAGUUGAGGUCCCAACGUAUGACUUUGUGACUCAUUCCAGGCUGCCUGAGACGACCAUGGUCUAUCCCGCCGACGUGGUCCUCUUUGAGGGGAUUUUGGUGUUCUAUAACCAAGACAUCCGGGACAUGUUUCACCUCCGCCUCUUUGUCGACACGGACUCAGAUGUGAGACUCUCCCGGAGAGUUCUUCGAGAUAUGAAACGGGGAAGGGACCUGGAACAGAUCCUGACCCAGUACACGACUUUUGUCAAGCCUGCCUUUGAAGAAUUCUGCUUGCCGACCAAGAAAUAUGCUGAUGUGAUUAUCCCUCGAGGAGUCGAUAACAUGGUGGCCAUCAAUCUCAUUGUGCAGCACAUCCAAGACAUCCUGAAUGGAGACAUCUGCAAAUGGCACCGGGGAGCCCCCAACGGGCACGGCCGCUCCUCCAAGAGGCCUUUCCCGGAACAAGCAGACAGCACCCCCCUCCUGGCCCCUGGCAAGCGGUCUCACCUGGAGUCCAGCAGCCGUCCCCACUAACGAGGCCCCUCCCUGGAAGUUCUGGGACACCUGGGUCUCCUACAGCUGGACUUCAGAGAGCCCCCCAUGGGUUGGAAGGUCCCUUGGCAUGUCUCUCCUGUGUUUGGAAGCUCAGCCAAAUGGGGACAGAAGCAGUGGGGCGUUUUUUUCACUGCCUUCUACUCUAGUCCCUCUCUUUUUUUGGGGGGGGAGGGAUGGUAAUAUUGCCCCCCCCCCCCCGAGCAUCCCUGCGAAAGAACAAGGUCCCUCUUAUGGAGCUUUUCUUAGCAAAGUCUUUUGGGGCCUUUGUGACCUGUUCUUUUUUCUCCAGGAAAGAUUGGCCCAUGAGGCCGCUUUCGGUUUUAAUCGUUCCUCCUUUCUCUCUUCCCUGUUACAUUUGACGUCGAUAUGGUGCAGCGUGUCGUGGGAGUUGUGUACAGUGCCCCCAGCCUCUGCGCCUGGUGACUUUUCCACAGCACCUUUUCCAAAGACAUUUUAAACUGCCUCUUCACCAAUGGGUGUGGCAGACAAGGUGGGCCCAGAUGAGACAGAUCUUGUUUUGGGACAGGCCCAGGCUCACAAAGUCUGUAUUUGGCUGCUUCCCACCCACCACCCACCCCAGAAAGGGAAUCUUAAGGGCAACAGCUUGGGGGGGAGGAAAAGAUUCAAGGGCUUCCUGCGUUGCGGUAGGAUCAAGCGGGAAGUGAAAGGUAAUCGGCUUCUCCCCUCUGCAAUCCACCACCCACUGCAGGAGAAGGUACACUCUCCUCUUCGUUUGUUCCACGGGAAAGAGCAUUUGCUGAUUUUUACCUUCCUUUUCUGUUUUAUCUUCAAUGACAAAUUGAAGAUUUUUAAAAUUGGCCAAUGAAGCGAAACCACCCCCCCUGCAGAGGCAGCAGCUGGGCCUUCAGAGGCUUGUGGUGGCCCCAGCCUUAGAGAGGGAGAGAGGUGAGACGGAGGCAGGCAAAAGAACACGGAUCUGUCUCUCUCCUCUCCCCCACUCCUGUCUCACAAACAGCACAGGGAAAGUUAGUUCCUUGGUUGUAGCUGGUUGCAGGCACUUUUAGAUGCUACUGGAUUCUGCCAGGCAGCCGGGGCUUUUUUUUUUGUAGCAGGAACUCCUUUGCCUAUUAGGCCACACACCCCCUGAUGUGGCCAAUCGUUCAAGAGCUUACAGCAAGCCCUGUAAGAAGAGCCCUGUAAGCUCUUGGAGGAUUGGCUACAUCAGGGGUGUGUGGCCUAACAGGCAAAGGAGUUCCUGCUACACACACACAAAAAGCCCUGCAGGUAGUCAAGUAAAAGUACCAAUAUGUGGAAAGUGUUUCUUCCCCCCGCCUCCCUUUUUACUUCUGGUUGAUUGCAUUUCUGCUGCCAACGGUAUUUACAGCUUUGCAGUGUCCCGGGCUUCCUCUCACUUUGGAACUGAGAUGAAGGAGAACGGAGGAAGGGGCUGCCUGUCAAUCUCCCCCCCCCCUCCUAACAACGGAGCCUGACUGGUUGUAUCAGCUGGUUGUCAGGCAUGAUACAGAAAUUAAAAAAUGAGCAAAGCAACG